GAUAUCACUUUAAUCAUCUUCACAUGAAUAUUUAUGGAGUAGCGACAGGUGCCUCAUCCUGUUGUAGGACUUAAUCAUAUAUUUGUUGGCCAAAUGAUCAUCUAAUGUCUGUUCCUUGUAGUCACUCCAUGGAUUCCCUUGGGCAACCUAGAACAGAAGAUAACCAGUCAGUAGUCAACAGAAUGCAAAAGAAAUACUGGAAAACCAAACAGGUUUUUAUCAAAGCCACAGGAAAAAAAGAGGAUGAGCACGUGGUGGCAUCUGAUGCAGAAUUGGAUGCUAAACUUGAGGUUUUUCACUCCAUUCAAGAGACAUGCACUGACCUUCUGAAGAUAGUUGAGAAAUACCAGCUAAGUCUCAAUGUUAUAUCAGAGGAAGAAAAUGAACUAGGACUCUUUUUAAAGUUUCAAGCAGAACGAGACACAACGCAAGCUGGCAAAAUGAUGGACGCCACUGGCAAGGCUCUCUGCUCCUCAGCCAAGCAAAGAUUGGCCUUGUAUACUCCCCUGUCUCGUCUUAAGCAAGAAGUAACAACAUUCAGUCAAAGGGCAGUAUCUGAUACCUUGAUGACAAUUAAUCGAAUGGAGCAGGCACGCACAGAAUACAGAGCAGCUCUGCUGUGGAUGAAAGAUGUAUCCCAAGAACUUGACCCAGACACCUUAAAACAAAUGGAAAAGUUCAGAAAAGUACAGAUCCAAGUGAAAAAUAGCAAAGCUUCUUUUGACAAGUUAAAGAUGGAUGUUUGUCAGAAAGUGGAUUUACUUGGAGCUAGUCGCUGCAAUAUGUUAUCUCAUUCACUCACUACCUACCAGAGAACACUGCUUGGAUUCUGGGAGAAAACAGCUCAAAUGAUGUCCCAAAUCCACGGAGCCUAUAUUGGCUUACAUCCAUAUGACUUUGUGGCUCUCAAGCAACUACAAGACACUUCAAGCAAGCUUACCGAAGACCACAAAGAACAAAUAGAAAACAAUUCACUCACUGAAAACCUCAAUAAGUUAGUUUUGUCAGAUGAGGAAGUGAGCUUGGGAAGUGAAUCAGUUGCAAAAGAUUUACCUGUAGAUACAUUGGAAGAUGAUUUUGAGAAGGAAUUCUCAUUUCUGACUAACCUCCUAAGUCCUGGUUCUUCAAAUACUAGUGAAUUUACUCAAGAAUGCCAGACUGCCUUUGGGAGCCUCAUGUCCCAGGAGCCUUCUGUGGGGUCUGAGCCUCUUGCUCAUUCCAAACGAUUCCUUCCUUCACAUCUCUUUGACCUUGGCCUUCAUGCUGCUGGGGCUUUCAACAGCUGGGUCUCCAUAGGGAGAGGAGAACUUCCUCUUUCACAGACCGAUAACCAGCCAGUGCCUUCACAGAGUCCAAAGAAAUUAACAAAAUCUCCCAACAAUGGUAACCAAGACGUGUCAGCCUGGUUCAAUCUAUUUGCAGACAUGGAUCCACUUUCAAACCCAGAUGCUAUUGGACACUCAGAUGAUGAACUUCUUAAUGCUUGA